UUGAACACGGAUGGAUCCCGUCAUGCGCCGCGAGUUGAGAUGGCGGGAAAUGUCGUGGCCAGCAAAGCUAGUGGUUUCGGUCAAGGUUAGGGUAGAAUAGCGCCAAUAAUUAUUCGGUGGUGAGCUGUGAGAAGCAAAAUACCUAAUACUUGUAUAAGCUGAGUAAUUGUUAUUUAAAAAUAGACCUUGCUAUUAAAGCAACGUCCUUAUAAAACUAAUAACUCAACAACCUCCGGCAGCAGCCUUGAGGCCUUGACAGCUGCACAGACACAAAAACCGACCUCCCGCUUUCCCUCGUUCGAAGCCGAGCCGCUUCCUGUCUGUUGUGUUUUGGUUCCUGUUUUUGCUUUUUAGCGCUUGGUUGGUUUCUCCGUCUGUGGCCUACCCGAGUUCCGUAAUCUCUUGCGCUCCUACUUUCUCCAAGUAAUUGUACGGAAAGCUCACGAAAUGGCAACAGUCGUCGUUCUCGGCGGUGGAAUCAGUGGCCUCACCACGGCAUACUACCUUUCCACUCUUGGGAAGGAAGCCGUGAAAAAAAUCUUGCUCAUAGAAAGGACUGGGCACCUGGGUGGUUGGAUUCGAUCCACUGCACUACCUGAUGGGACAGUAUAUGAACAUGGGCCUAGUUCAUUGCGUGCUGGGGGUAACUCGGGACGAAACGCCUUACAGUUGGCUCAGGACCUGGGAUUGUCUGAGCAUGUGCUGGCAGUGCCUAUCUCCUCAUCAGCAGGGCAAGAGCGAUUGGUGCUGAACAAGGGCCGCCUGACCCCACUGCCUAGCACCUUCAAGGAGAUGCUGUGGCCUGGUCAGAUGUUCCGCACGCCCCUGCUGCUGCCUCUUCUGAAGGACCUAUUCUUUGCCGGCCGCCCUAGUAUAGGCAGUGACCAGAGUGUUCAUGAUUUCAUGCAGAAGCGCUUCAACAAAGAAGUUGCCGACUACAUUAUGGAUCCCGUGACACGCAGCCUCUGUGCUGGCUGCUCGAAGGAGAUCAGCUUCAGAUCGCUGCUGCCUAAUGUGUUUGAGGGUGCCAUAAUGCAUGGCUCUUUGGUCAAGGCUCAGAUAAAGCAGACCAAUGAGGCCCAGCAUACUGUCAACAUGCUGAAAAUGGAGGAAGGUGGUGCUGACAGCUUGGCUGCCCGCUCUAUCGGAUGGUCCGUGUGGAGCCUACGUCGUGGCCUGCAGCAGCUGUGUGACACGCUCGCAGAAAAGCUGGAUGCAGCACCCAACGUCCAUGUGUAUGUCAAUGAAGCCAAUGUGUCAUUGAAACCAAGUUCUGAGGGCCAAGUCUUGGUGUCAUUUGCAGAGUCGGCAAUGCCUGUGGAUCACAUCUUCAGCUGCAUUCCAGCACGAAAGCUGUCCCAACUACUGAUCCAUGAUUGGCCAGAGCUUGCUCAGUCUCUUCUGUCUAUACCGUCUGUCCACAUAGCAACUGUCAACUUAGAGUUCAAGGGUCAGUUGCUUUCCCAUAAGUGCUCAGGGAUCAUGGUUCCUUCCUUUGAAGUCCCUCACUUGCUCAACAUCACCUUUGACUCCUGCUGUUUUCCUGAGCACGAUGGCCAGUAUGACACAAAGACCCGCAUCACGGUUCUGAUGGGUGGUCGCUGGUUUAAGCAAGCUUUUGGAGAAGUGGACAGUGUUGACCCAGAUGUCAUAUUGGAAGCUGCUAAGGAUGCUGUCAGGACAUAUCUUCACAUUGAUGAGCCACCUGUCAGGCACCAUGUGAACGUGCUCAAGGAAUGUGUUCCACAGUACCUGGUCGGCCAUCUCGAGCGCAUGUCGAAGAUUUGUGACUCUAUCACCAAUCUCAAGCUGCCUUUGACCCUGCUCGGAUCAUCCUAUCGGGGUCCAUCUGCCAACGAGUGCAUCUACCACGCAAAGCAAGGCGUUCAGGAGUAUCUAGAAGCUAUACGUGUGUAGUUGACAUUUGAGUCAUGUUCUAGUAUGUUGACUGUAACCAAUGCAGCAGUGUGUUGUCUACUGCACUUUUUGGCAGGAAGCUGAAAUAUUAGUAUCAUCUAUGAUGUGUUUUAUAGAGUACUAUACAAAUGCUAUAUGGCAGGGGUUGCAAAUAUUUUUGACAUAGUGGAAGCUAAUAAUAGUAUAGGUUUGCAGUAUAGUAUAGGAAUGCAGUGGGGAACCCUGCAUUCUUCUUCCAUGUCUGGCCUCUCACACCUACCCCCUUAAAUGUGCACAAGAGUACAAGUGCACGAUCACUGGGUAAUUUAAACUGACUAGUGGCAGAGGUCGCAGGGCUAACAUAAUUGUGAAUAGUCACUUUGGUGAAAAGAUCAAUCUCGCUGUUUGAUUUUCGAGCUGUGCAACUGGAGUCACAAAGCAAGCUGCUGAACCAAUUAUAGGGGUGCAUUAGAGCAGGACAACAAAACGUCUCAGUGCUUUCAUAUACUGAGGAACUUGUUAUCUUGAAUGAGAGUGGCACCCAACUUGCUUGCUGCUUGUAAAUGUUUUGUACUUUUCACCACUGUUCAAACACAAGGCAAAAAUGAUUACGUCAUUAGUAUAAUUCUUGUUUUAAACAGAAACAGUAUGUUUGCUCUGCAACUUAGAGAUAGGUUUUGAGGCCUCUGCUGUGGUGAUUGAAAUGUUGUGAAGGAGAUAGUGCAGUUGUCAUCAGAGCAAAGGCUUUAUAGCUCUUGUAAAAUAUGUCAACACUUGGGGCACACAGCUGUGUAAUUUCAUCCGUAUGCUUCGGCAUCGAAAAUGGGGUUAGAUGGGCUAGUUCAGGCAUUGCACAGAUGCUUGUGCCUUUACGAGGGGAUUUUUGCUCCACUUUCACUAGUCGCAUAAUACAUCGCCAUAAGCUUUUUAUUGGUUCACAGUGAAGUGGCAACACUAAUUUCAAUGACUGUGCAGCUGCGUGGCCAACUUGGAGGAAUCUACUCGCAGAGCAAUCGCAAAGAUCAUUAGGUGACUGUAGUAGUUGCAGAGUGACAGAAAUUUCAUUGACAUGUGGUGAAAAUUGCAGCUUGUGAAAUAGCCUUUAGGGUGCCUGCUUGUUUAUUUCCAUAUUCUAAUAUCACUUGAAGGGUUGAGGCAAAAGAAUGCAGUAGAUAUGCUGCUCACUGAAAGGCCACUGGGAAGGCUGAUUAAGCUGGCAUUGUAGCCAUGGGGGAAGGGUUCUGGAAGAGAGUGGGAGCUCAAGCUGCUUAAGGCGCUCGCUGCAAUCUAUUUUGGGAACGCCGGCUUUACAUAAUACUCCCUUUAAGGCUAACAAGCCUAAUUAACAGGCCAAAUAUAUUUCCAGUGUCCCUUCAAGUUAGUCCUAAAGAAAAUAUACUGUACAUUCAAACAUCCAAAUAAUGAACAUGGAUAUGAUGAAGUAAAUCUAAAAUGUUUCUCACAAUUAUCUCCAUGCAACUAUUAUAUGCUUAUAGCGAAUAUUGAAUAUAACAGUAUUUUUGUGUCAUAUGUAGCUUCAAUAUAACGAGGUUUCAGUUAUUGUUAUUGCUUUGGAUGUGAUGAACCAAAGUUCAGCUGAAUUUUUCUUUGGACGAAGAUAUUUCCUACGUUUCUUCAAGCAAUUCUCAGAGGGAGCUUACUGUACCAUAUUGUAAUGCUUUUGAGAAAAGUAUUUUUGAGACGUUUAUUGAGUAUUUGUGGCACACCAGGGUAAUGGUUUUGUGGUGGGCAUAAAUGCAGUUUUCUUUUUUUUAAAGAAUGCUUCAGAAAGCUGACAGUAUGCUUGCCAUGAAAUAUAAGAAAGGCUGUGGAAAAGGCAGCUUGAAUAUCGACUAUUUUAGUUACAAAAUGUGGAAGGUUUCUUACUGUACUGCUUAACAUGUGGUGUUUGCAGUCAUUCACAUAGCAGAAGAGAUUCAUCUACAUGCGCGUCAUCACACAAAUGUGCAAAAUGAACACUGCUAAUUGCAAAAUAUUUAAAGGUACGUUUUGAGAGCAAUUUUUUUUUUCAACUUUGUGGCACUUGUGUGAAACUAAAAUGUUCUGUGCCACAGAAACAACAAAAUAGGCCAAAAACUUAUGCCUGGUUGGUCAGUUUAGUGUGAUAAAUGCAGGCCGUGCUUCUUUGUGAGUACACCUGGCUGAUCUUAGCUACACUGUCGACGUAAAGUGAAAUGAAAACGCAGGGAAGGUGGGAGAUGGAACUUCAAGACUAUAAGCAGAACGAGAACAAGGUAAUAGCAGAAGCCAACGGUUUUGACAAGUGGACUUGUCUUUUUCAAGAUGACGUAUGCUUAUGCUUCCAGGUGACAUGUGCUCAAGACGAUGUAAGCAUAUGUCGCCUUCAAAAAGACAAGAUCACUGAUGAUUGUUGUGGUGCAUGAAUGACUGUGAAUCAGGUUUGAACAAUGAUUUCUCAGGUUACAUCAUGUGUUAUAACAGCUAUGUUGUAUUUCUACAGUGCAUGCUCAAGAAGGUUUCUUUAGGAGCUUUUGUUUAGCUAUUCUUGUUCAUAUUUCAGUUUGUGUUGAUGCUGUUAGCCAAGAUAAGGGUUGUUGUGGUAGUUUCUAUGUUGUGUUUGUUAGAGUUUGUUCUUAGGAUAUUUUGCCAUGAAGCAAUUUCUCUUACACUUACUGAAAACAGCUUUUGCUGACUUAUAUACAGUUGCAGUUGAAGCAAAAGCAAGUAAAGUGGUUGAAGUAAGAGGAUUGUGAACAGUCAUGCCAUAUUAUACGUACUGGACAUUUGUGUAUGUGUGUGUCUUGUCCAGACAGGUCUAAGUUUUUUAGUGCAUUUUCUGUCCCUCAUUGAGUAUGCAUACUAGGGGACCUGGCGCCCGUUUGUCUUCCGAUGCACAUAAGAGUUGAGUGUCAUGUUAUCUUCAGCAUGAACAAUGUAGAUAUAGUGAUGCUUUCAACUGAGAUACAAAACAGUGACCUGGAUAAGAUACCAAUAUUGAUUUUGUAUUGGAUUUGUCUUUUAUACUGUGGUCAUUAGGUGUCAUAAUGUAUGAUAUUUAGUAGUGCCUUGCUGCACAGCUGUUGACAGGGAAGCUUGAUUGUGUGGCCAGUAGUAUAAGGCUGCAUCAUGCUGUGAUUAAUUCAAGUGCUGUGAAAUCUCACUGAAGAGCAUUUACUAUUUCAUUUAGGAGCCUAAAUGCAACAGUAAAUGUAGCUUUUAGCAUACAGGCAAACCCAGUUUCAUUAGAAAAUGCUCCAUUGUUUGUUCUGCCCACACUAUAUGUAUUGAAUGCUGUUAACACAUUCUGUAGCUUUGCAGGUGUCUGCUAUUCAGUGUUCUUAAUAUUUCUUAAUUGGCAACCACAUUGACCAUAUCUCUAAUGAAAUUUUAGUGUCGCAUUGCGUGGCAUGGAUACCAUGAUAACGAUGUUCUAAACACUACCAAAUGUUUUCUAUGUGGUUACUGAUUAAAGUGGCUGCCCUGCAGUGUGUAUCUUGCAUGCGAUAAGAGCAUCACUAUCUUACAGCAUGAUAUGAAUUUGAUAAUUCUGUGUGAUGCCAGUCUAAAUAUCUGAUAAGUAUGUUCUAUGUAGUUGCUACAUGAUACUACUAGAAACACUGUAUUAGAUUGUAGGUCGCAAGCUCACAUACUGUGAACCACGCGUAUCUUUGCGGUUCUCAUGUGCAGCUUUUAUAGCCCUCUUAGACUAGCAUUCUCUCCUGCCCUUCCGAAUAAGUUGCUAAGGUUUUAGGCAACUCUCUUUUGUGUGAACUCUAUCCUGCCUUGGCCCCUCUUCGUAUGUACUAUGCUAUGUGUUCUGGGCAUUAACCUCCUGACUGUAGUUCAGAAACAUGCAAAUGCUCUCACGAUCAUCCCAUGUGUUGGUUGUAGUGUUGUAGUGCUAGGCCAUCUUGCAGCAGUGUUUUAAGGAAGCUGGCAUGAGAUGUUAUGAUCUGAGCAGACAAACCAUCAGCAGUCUUUACUUUGUCAUUACUUUUGUAGAAGCUCAUCUUUUCUUUUAUGCUGAUGAUAAUGAUGAUCAGUAGCAGCCUAAUUUAAGUCCACUGCAGGAUGAAGGACUCUCCUUGCGAUCUACAAUUACCUCUGUCCUGUGCCAACUGAUUCCAACUUGCACCUGCAAAUUUUUCAAUUUCAUCGUGCCAGCUAUUCUGCUGUCAUUCUCGACUGCACUUCCCUUCACUUGACACCCAUUCUGUAACCCUAAUUGUCCACUGCUUAUCUAAUCUACGCAUUACGUGGCCUGCCCAGCUACAAUUUUUUCUCUUAAUGUCAAUUAGAAUAUUGGCUAUCCUCGUUUUUUUUUCUCUGAUCCACACCACUCUCUUCCUGUCUCUUAAUGUUAUGCCUAAUAUUCUUUGUUCCAUCACUCUUUGCGUGGUCCUUAACAUGUGUUGCCUUAACUUGUGUUAUCCUUAACAAGUGUUGCCCUUAUUCUGUUGGAAACUAUCUUGGUGAAUAUUUUAUACAGUAUGUACUGAAAGUAGCCUAGUGGGUCUAUAAUUUUUCAAUUCUUUAACAUCUCCCUUUUUGUGGAUUAGUAUAAUGUGGGCAUUCUUCCAGUUCACUGGGAUGGUUGAAGUCGUGAGACAUUUCGUAUAAAGGGCUGCUAGCUUUUCAAGCAUGCAAGCUUUUCAAGCAUGAUGCCUCCUCUAUCGUUGAUUAAAUCGACUGUUAGUCCGUCUUCUGUUGCUUUUCCACAUUCCAUGUCAUGCAAGGCCCUUCUAACUUCAUUGCUAGCUAUAGGAGGAGCCUCUGUAACCUGUUCAUUACUACUUCAAACAGGUUACAGAGGCUGAUAGUUAUAUGGUAGUGCUAUUAUUGCUCACACUUGUAAAGGUAUGCAAGGAUACAGGUCUUCUUUCGUAGGGGUCACGUUAUGUAUGAUAUACCGUUUGUCUUUAGAAGUAGAAGUAAUUAUAUCCCUGCAGACAUAAUUAGAGUGUAUAUGACUAUGAGUACAGCAUAGCUGCAAAAGGGGUAGUAUAGUGCUUGAGUUAUAAUGUAGAGUGUGAUACAAAUCUUAUUUUUCUGCAGAUUGAACCCUGCUGCAUGUGAAAUGGUAAUGAGUCCUUUUAUUUUACUGUAUAGAAGGGGAGAAAGUGCUUGUUUAUAUCAGCUUUUCACUUGGAUUUCAUGUACCAUCGACUGCAAAAAUUUCUGGAACACAAAAUUUUAAAAGAUAUCUUAAAUUUAUCACAUUUUCACCAUUCAGAGAUGACUUGUGAUGGUCGCAUACGAAAAUUUACACUGAAGUUUUCGCUUUUGUGAGGCUAUGUUAUCAGCCAUAAAAUUUAGCUCCUGCACUCGGAAAACUUUUGCGAUUGGGAGUACAUGAAAAAUAGGUGGGAGGAAGGGCUCAAAGAAGGAAAUUUUUCUGUGUUUUCUUGUCACGGGUACGUCCCAGAAAGCACUACGUAGUCGUGAAUUAUGUACUCGCAUUUAUUUCAUGGGCUCAAAGGAGGAAAUUUUGCUGUGUUUUCUUGUCAUAGAAGCGUCCCGGAAAGCACUAUGUAGUCAUGAAAUAUGUACUCACAUUUAUUUCAUGUUGCGUUUGUUUUUACUUAAAUGUCAUUUUGAUGACUUUACGUAAGGUCGAGUAUAUCUGCACACUGUCAAAAUGCACUGUUUGUCAACAAUGCUCGUCAUAAUUUUUCUUUGCCAUACAUUGGUAUUUUGUGCGUGCCAUUCUUCUGUAUCAUUCUUUUAUAGGUUCUUUUGCCUUUUCUAAUUUUCAGUAUGUGCCUGAAAUAUUUUGCAUAAGCACCAACCAUACUUGGCCAUAUACAAGCUUUGUGGAGGUGAAUUUGUGGCCUUGCCAAAGCAAGUAAGUUAGAGUGUGCAGCCUUUUGAUUUUGUUGAUGCAGUUAAAGGUGUUUGGCUAUCUGGGCUACGUUCGCCUACUGUAAGCCAUUUCGAAAUAAAGUUCAUGCAUUACAAAGUGCAUGAAAAUGCAA